GCUUCGUGUUUGGAGGGCCGCGUCCUCACCUUGCUGGGGGGGGGGGCGUGCUGGGGUGUUUGUGUCCCGGACUAGGGAGAGCCCCGAGUUUUCUGCAAGUCGCUUGGAGCCCAGAGCGAGCCCUUUGUAACAGGUCUCCCAAGGCCGGGGAGGUAGUGGAAGGACCGAGAUGGUGAGACUAAACAGCCCCUCUCGAGUUCCUGUAUCACUUAAGGCUUUCCUCCAGACUGCCCAGGAUGGAGUGCGGGGCUUACGGUGCGGAAAAUGGGGGCGAGAAGCCUUGCCCUUCCUUUGAACAAACGAGGAGGCUGAGGCACAGAGGGAAAGCGACUUGCUCGGCGCUUGGCUUAGAGUCAGAAUUCGAACCGGAUCAUUCCUGUCUUCCAAGUCCUUCGUUUCAAACAAUCGCGCUCCGGCCAGCCUGCUUGGCCUCGCAGUCUAGCCUCCUCCUGCCUUGAACCGAGUUCUGCUCGAGUCUCCGGCUUCCUGCGCUUGAAGGCGCCGGGGAAAGUGCGAGGCUUGGGGAGCACUGCCGGGGGGGCCCGCAGCUCGGGAUCGAGGCGGUUCGAACCAGCCCGAGAUCGGCGAGGGAAGUUCCAGCCAUUUCAUCUCAGGCGGGGCCCUGGUGACCGUAGGGGCUGCAAAGAGAACUCCAAGAAGCCGUCUUCGCUUCCCGCUUCCUGGGACUAUUAGGGCAGGAGCCCUGAGUGAGGACUAACGGGAGGAGAGAGAGGGAGCAGGUAGUGUGGCGGGAAAGGGUAACAGGCCCUUCAAUAUUAGAGCCGGAAUUCGAACCUGGGUCUCUUGGCCCCCAAAUCCUGUUCUCAGCCUACUGUGAGGCUCUGCUACACCGUCUGAAGGAAACCCCAAGAGCACGGGCACAAGGCCUGGGACCAAGAACUGGGUUUGGGCGGAGAGCCCGGGACCAGGUCAGUUUAUUAUCCACCUUCCCGCUCCGAAGGCUUGAGCCGCGCGGCAGUGCUCGGGGGGGCUCAGGCACGGGCUCAGGCAGCAACUGAGGGACGGAGUGGGCGGGGGCUUAGCUGCAGCCCCCGUGGCCGGAUGCCACAGCUUUCCAGGGUCCCUCGUUCAGGCACCGUUGACAAACGGCUGAGACGGAAGAGGAGUGGGGGGUGCUCAGUGACUGGGCUGGGCUGGAGACAGAGAUAAGGAUCUGUUUACCCCGGCCGGUAGUUAACGGAGAGGCUGGCCAGCGUGCCGUAACCGCCAUGGGCAGCAAGACCCUGCCGGCGCCCGUGCCUAUCCACCCGUCGCUUCAGCUCACCAACUACUCCUUCCUGCAGGCCGUGAACGGCCUGCCCGCUGUGCCCUCGGAGCACCUGCCCAGCCUGUACGGGUUUAGUGCCCUGCACGCCGUGCACCUGCACCAGUGGACCCUGGGCUACCCUGCCGUACACCUGCCGCGUUCUUCUUUCUCCAAGGUGCCGGGCGCCGUGUCCAGCCUCGUGGACGCCCGCUUCCCGUUGCCCGCCUUCCCCUGGUUCCCUCACGUUAUCCAGCCCAAGCCGCAGGACGGAGGGACUGGGGGACCGCCGCUCAAGGCCAAGCCACGCUUCGACUUCGCCAACCUGGCCUUGGCCGCCACCCAAGAGGACCCGUCUAAGCUCGGCCACGCCGAGGGCCCUGGCUCGCCUCCCCCCGGGCUCAGCGCCCUGCUGGACGUGACCAAGCUGUCCCCGGAGAAGAAGCCCACUCGCGGCCGCCUGCCUUCCAAGACCAAGAAAGAAUUUGUCUGCAAGUUCUGCGGCCGCCACUUCACCAAGUCCUACAACCUGCUGAUUCACGAGCGGACGCACACGGACGAGAGGCCCUACACUUGCGACAUCUGCCAUAAAGCGUUCCGGAGACAGGACCACCUCCGCGACCACAGGUAUAUACACUCCAAGGAGAAGCCCUUCAAGUGCCAGGAAUGCGGGAAGGGAUUUUGCCAGUCCAGGACUCUAGCCGUCCACAAGACUCUGCACACGCAAGUGAAGGACCUCAAAGUCAACAAAAUCAAAUGCUGAAGGCCCGUCCGCAGACCUCGGAGGAAGCAGCCUCCGCCCCUGGUCGCAGGCCAAAGCCCGAGACCCCUCAGCCUGGAAUCGAGAAAGGCGCUGCCAGCCCCUGGCAGGCCGGGCCAGGAGCCAAGGCCGGGCUCUUCCUCCCUCUGACACUCGCGGCCCCGCUCACCGCACGGACCCUCCAGGCCUGGCCGCUGGACUGUGGACGGAGGGGCGGCGGCCGGCCUGCUCCGGGCCUGACCGCAGAAACUUUGCACCAAGAGGUGGAGCUCAAGGGUCGGCCGGCAGGCUAAGAGGGAAAGGGUUUUCGAGCCCGGGCCGCCGGCCGCCGUCCCUCCCAGCAGUGUUGUUAUUGUUCCUUUGUUCCCUCGUCCCCGAGUUCCGUGGCGGCAGCGCUACGUUGUUGCGGCGUUACAUGACAGGACAUGACCGGGCCAGCUUUCUCCGCGAGGUUCCUCUCUGGGCAGACUUCCCUUUCCUCUGCCCAGUGUGCCCAGAAUUGGCUCGGACCGGCGGUGAAGCGAGCAGGACCGUGGCAGAGUUCUAGAACGCCCCCUUCGGAGCAAACUUGGGCGGCCCCGGGGACCCCAGGCGACGCUCCAAAGCGGCCUUGCGUGGGAUCACCCCAGUCCCCUCCACCCAACGCCAUCGGACUCCCCGUGCGCCCACCCUCAGCUCCCGCCCUGGGACUGUGAGGGCCCUCCAGGAGCCCAUGGACACGGCCUGGGAGAGCCCCAGCUUAGCGCUCCGGGAAGAUGGAGGGACCAGUGAAAGUGAUCCAAGCCGGCCCCUCCCCUCGGCCCGGGGUCCGAAGGUGGCCGGGGGCCAGGAUUGGCCCCGGGACAGAGCUCUUAAACGGAAAAGACCCACAGGCUUGUUAUUGUGUAUUAUUAUUAUUAUUAUUAUUUCUAAAGUUUUCCUAACAGUGUAGAGAGAGCGAGAGCGAGAGAGAGAGGACACGUUUCUGUAAGGCGAGAGGAGAGCGGCGGGAGGGGUGACUGUUGGCACUUUAGGCUGUUGAUUGGGAAAAGGACAUUUAUCACUGGAGUUUGGGCUGUUUGUUAUUGCUGUUUAAGAUACAUUAAAAUAAAUGGUUAUUUUACAGGCUGCCAAGCUGAGGGAACAAA